AUGAGCGCCUUGAGACCCGGGACCGGGGCUCUCUCCUCGCCGCGGAGAGGGUCCGGGUCGUGGCGGUGCUGCUGCUGGUGGUGGUGGGCUGUGGUCGUCGGGGCGGUGGUGGUGGGCUCGGGUGAUCCGCGGAUGUCCGCGGAGGCAUGCCCGUCGUCUUGCUCCUGCAGCAGCACCAGGAUCUCCUGCGUGGACCCGGAGCGGGACAUCAACGCGUUCCCCGUCCUGCAGAGCGAGGCGGAGAUGGAGAACAUCACCGACAUCUACAUCGCCAACCAGAGCAGCUUCUCCUCAAUCAACGACAAAGACCUGCACUACUACAAGAAUCUCAGGAACCUAACGGUGACCAACAGCAGGCUAACGUAUGUAUCAAAGCUGGCCUUUCAAAACAACAUCAAGCUGCAGUACCUGAAUCUGAAAGAUAACAACCUGUCAUCGCUGUCCUGGAGGAUAUUCAGACACCUCAACAUCUCUUAUCUGAUCCUGUCAGGGAACCCUCUGCACUGCUCCUGUGAGAACAUGUGGAUCAAGCUGUGGUUAGGAGAGGAAGCUGACACUCAGGAGCUGCGCUGCAUUGAGGAUGGAGGAGGACGCAAGCUGCUGUCCAGUCUAACACUGCCUAACUGUGAGGUUCCCAUGGCAACGUUGAGCCCAUCCAAAGUGACAUUAAUGGAGGGGGAGAGAGUGGACCUGUCCUGUAUGACCUCGGGGGUGCCGUCACCUGAGCUGAUAUGGAACAUGGCAUUGCUCUCCAACUAUGAGAUCGAGACGUCGGGCCAGAUUUCAGUGCUGCGGCUCUCAAACCUGUCGUCGCUGGACCACAACAGCAAGAUCAGCUGCACGGCUGAGAACAUUGUUGGAGAGAAAGAGUCCUCGCUGCUGCUGGAUAUACUUUUUCCUCCCAAAAUCACUAAACUGAGCGAUGCAAUCCCAGACCAUCACUGGUGCAUCCCCUUCAGUGUGUCAGGAAACCCAGAGCCGCACCUGCAGUGGUUUCUGGAUGGUAAAGCGGUGAUGGAGGGAGUGUACAUCAUGACCAUGAUCCAUGACAUCACAGAGAGAGAGUACCACGGCUGCCUGCAGCUGGACAGCCCCACACACCUCAACAAUGGCCGCUACACGCUUCUGGCCGAAAACAAAUUCGGGACGGACCAAAAGGAGGUGGAGGCUCACUUCAUGCGCAAGCCCUGGGAUGGUGAGAAGGAGCCUUACUAUUAUGAUCCAACCACAGAGGGCCCACCUGUAGACCCACCUGAAGACAGAGUCGCUGUGUAUGUGGUGGUGGGCAUCGCAGCUGUCGCCUUUACCGGUUUCCUUCUAAUGUUGGUUAUUCUCAAGUUUGGAGGAAACUCCAAAUUUGGCAUCAAAGGACCAUCUUCAGUGAUCAGCAACGACGAUGACUCUGCCUCUCCUCUUCAUCACGUCUCCAACGGCAGCAACACCCCUUCCUCCUCAGAGAUGGGCCCUGACGCGGUAAUCAUAGGCAUGACCAAGAUCCCCGUGAUAGAGAACCCUCAGUACUUCAGGAGCACAAACAGCCUCCUGAAAACCGACACGUUCGUCCAGCAUAUUAAGAGGCACAACAUCGUGCUGAAGAGAGAGCUGGGGGAGGGAGCCUUCGGAAAAGUCUUCCUGGCCGAGUGUUACAACCUCUCACCUGACCAGGAGAAGAUACUGGUGGCUGUCAAGACGCUCAAAGAGGCCAGUGAAAAUGCCAGGAAGGAUUUCCAUCGCGAGGCCGAGCUGCUGACCAACCUUCAACAUGAACACAUUGUCACUUUCUAUGGAGUCUGCGUGGAGAGCGACCCUCUCAUCAUGGUGUUUGAGUACAUGAAACACGGAGACCUCAACAAGUUCCUCAGGGCUCACGGUCCAGAUGCAGUUCUGAUGGCGGAGGGCCAGACCACCAGACCCGUGGAGCUGACCCAGUCUCAGAUGCUGCACAUCGCCCAGCAGAUAGCAUCUGGCAUGGUCUACCUGGCAUCACAGCACUUUGUGCACCGCGACCUGGCCACCAGGAACUGCCUGGUGGGUGAGAACCUGCUGGUAAAGAUCGGAGACUUUGGCAUGUCCAGAGACGUCUACAGCACUGACUACUACAGGGUAGGUGUCGGAGGUCACACCAUGCUGCCAAUCCGUUGGAUGCCCCCUGAAAGCAUCAUGUACAGAAAGUUCACCACAGAGAGUGAUGUUUGGAGUCUAGGAGUCGUCCUCUGGGAGAUCUUCACCUAUGGAAAACAGCCUUGGUACCAGCUCUCCAAUAAUGAGGUGAUAGAGUGUAUAACCCAGGGCAGGGUGCUGCAGCGCCCCAGGACCUGUCCUAAAGAAGUAUACGACCUGAUGCUGGGCUGCUGGCAGAGAGAGCCGCACAUGAGACUCAACAUCAAAGAAAUCCACGGUCUGCUCCUCAAUCUGGCCAAGGCCUCACCUGUAUACCUGGAUAUACUGGGCUGA